CCUCGCCAGAGCACGGGCUGGACAAGCAGCGGCUCACAUCGCAGAGCGCAGCGCCGGCUCGGGGCCGGGCGAGCGCAGCGCAGGGCUCCGCUCGAGGCAGACAACGCGCACCGCGGGGCACUCCCGCAGUCCACCCUGCUUCUCCAGCCCCGCCACGGCUCCGCUGAGGGCCAACCAGGAUUAUUCGCUUCUGGCUCCAGGCGCCAAGAAGGCGCGCGGGGCUCCCGCGUCCGCCCGGCCAGCUCCUCCUCCAGCUGCUCCCGCUCCCCGGGCGAGCGCGCAGCCCCGAGCCCGCCCCGCGCGUCCCGGAGCCCUCCCCCCCGCUGCUCCCAUGCGCGCGGGUGGGUCAUGAGCACAGCGCCCUCGCUUUCUGCCCUAAGAAGCAGUAAGCACAGCGGCGGCGGCGGCGGCGGCAGCAGCGGCGGCGGCAGUAACAGUGCGGACCCUGCCUGGACCAGCGCGCUUUCUGGAAAUUGCUCGGGCCACGGCCCAGGCUCGUCCCCGGCCGGCAGCACCAAGCCUUUUGUGCACGCGGUGCCCCCCUCUGACCCUCUGCGCCAGGCUAACCGCCUGCCUAUCAAGGUGCUGAAGAUGCUCACGGCACGGACUGGCCACAUUUUACACCCAGAGUAUCUGCAGCCUCUGCCUUCCACGCCCGUCAGCCCCAUCGAGCUGGACGCCAAGAAGAGCCCACUGGCGCUGCUGGCUCAAACAUGUUCGCAGAUAGGAAAGCCAGACCCUUCGCCCUCUUCCAAACUCUCCUCGGUCGCUUCCAACGGGGGCGGCGCGGGUGGUGCAGGCAGCGGAACCGGGGGCGACAAGGACGCCAAGUCGGGCCCCCUGAAGCUGAGCGACAUUGGUGUGGAAGACAAGUCGAGUUUCAAGCCUUAUUCCAAACCCGGCUCAGAUAAGAAGGAGCCAGGAGGCGGCGGCGGAGGCGGCGGCGGCGGGGGCGGCGGCGGGGGUGUUUCUGCGGAGAAGUCAGGAUUCCGGGUACCGAGCGCCACCUGCCAGCCAUUUACGCCCAGGACAGGCAGUCCCAGCUCCAGCGCCUCGGCCUGUUCGCCGGGAGGCAUGCUACCCUCCGCCGGGGGCGGCCCGGAGGGCAAGGACGACAAGAAAGAUCCGGAAGCUGGCGGUGGUGGCAGCAGCAAGGGCGCCGGGGGCGCCUCGGCGGACGGGGUACCCGCGGGGCUAGCGCACGGCAGGAUUAGCUGCGGCGGCGGAAUUAACGUGGACGUGAACCAGCACUCGGAUGGGGGUCCAGGGGGGAAGGCUCUAGGUUCGGACUGCGGCAGUUCUUCCGGCUCCAGCUCCGGUUCGGGCCCCAGCGCACCCACUUCGUCGUCGGUGUUGGGCUCCGGGCUGGUGGCCCCGGUAUCUCCCUACAAGCCGGGCCAGACAGUGUUCCCUCUACCCCCCGCGGGCAUGACCUACCCAGGCAGCCUGGCUGGGGCCUACGCUGGCUAUCCGCCCCAGUUCCUGCCACACGGCGUGGCGCUCGACCCCACCAAGCCUGGAAGCCUGGUAGGGGCUCAGCUGGCAGCGGCCGCGGCUGGCUCUCUAGGCUGCAGUAAGCCAGCCGGUUCGAGUCCCCUGGCCGGGGCGUCGCCACCGUCUGUGAUGACAGCCAGUUUGUGCCGGGACCCAUACUGCCUCAGCUACCACUGCGCCAGCCAUUUGGCCGGGGCUGCAGCCGCCAGCGCCUCGUGCGCGCACGAUCCGGCCGCUGCUGCUGCAGCGCUCAAGUCGGGAUACCCACUGGUGUACCCCACGCACCCACUGCACGGCGUGCACUCCUCGCUGACGGCUGCGGCCGCUGCGGGCGCCACACCACCCUCCCUAGCCGGCCACCCCCUCUACCCUUACGGUUUCAUGCUCCCUAACGACCCGCUUCCCCACAUCUGCAACUGGGUGUCAGCUAACGGGCCGUGCGACAAGCGCUUCGCCACGUCUGAAGAGCUACUGAGCCACUUGCGGACCCAUACGGCCUUCCCUGGGACAGACAAACUGCUGUCGGGCUACCCCAGUUCUUCGUCUCUCGCCAGCGCCGCUGCAGCGGCCAUGGCUUGUCACAUGCACAUCCCCACGUCGGGCGCACCUGGCAGCCCAGGGACCCUGGCGCUGCGCAGCCCCCACCACGCACUGGGACUCAGCAGCCGCUACCACCCGUAUUCCAAGAGCCCGCUCCCCACGCCCGGUGCCCCAGUGCCGGUGCCUGCCGCCACCGGACCGUACUACUCCCCCUACGCCCUCUACGGACAGAGACUGACCACUGCUUCAGCACUAGGGUAUCAGUGAGGGCGACUCCAAGGAAUUUGGAGGGAGUGAAAGGAGCUGGGGGGUGG